CGCUUCAGUAAACAAGAGGAGAAUAUUUUCGAGGAGAAGCUGACUCUCUUCAUCUCGUGGGGCACGUGCUGACGAUUCUGAGGGGAGUGAGAAGCCUAGCCAAUCGAGAAUAGUUUCAGCUGAAAUUAAUAUUCUUCCUUCUUUCUCUCGUUGAGCCGCCCUCAGGACUGGAGAACGCGAGUGGAACUUGGGCUCCUGUGACGUUCUUGGAAGUGGAGACACUACGUGGGUUUGGAGGGGUUUGAGCUGAACUCGACGAUAGCAGAGACGUUCGCAACUCGAGAUGUCGAUAAUGGAGUCCAGACUCAGUGAAACCUCGGACAGCGAGACCGACGACCGUCCCAGCUUCGGAGGUCCCGCAUCCCUCAAGAGGCCCUACGACUACCUCUCCACCCCUGAUGACGACCUCACCCCCAGUUUCGACAACCCCCAAGACUUCUCAAAACGCCGAAAAUUCGAGGACCCCCCCUCGAACCCCCCCACCGACCCCGAGGAUGACUCACCCCCCGAGGAUUUCCCCCGUUCCACGAAAAAGUCCACCAACCCCGGCCUCCGGAUGAUGGAGAACAUGGGCUACAACAAGGGCCAGGGUCUCGGUAAGAAAAAAGACGGCAUAAGAGAGCCCAUCCAAGCCUUCCGGCAGAAGGGCCGACGGGGUCUGGGUCACGACAACAAGCCACUGGCCCAAGCCGUUCAGAAGUGGAACCCCUCGGACGAAAUCGUCAAGGUCAAGGAGGAGAUGGCCUGGAUAGUGAACGACGAGGAGCCCCCCACCUCCGACGACCUGAAGGACUGGCUGCUGCGCGGGCCUCGCAAGGAGACCAUCGACGACGAGACCCUCUUCUGCGAGCCCCAAAUCCUCCACGAGGUGAUCAACUCAAAGAGCAUCUUCGACGGCCUCCCCAAGCAGGAAAUGCAGAAGGCGAGGACUCGCUCCAAUCCCUACGAAACGAUCAGAGGCGCCUUCUUCCUGAAUCGAGCAGCUGUCAAGAUGGCCAACAUCGACAAGGCCUGCGACUUCAUGUUCACACAGCCGAAGGGAUCGAGCACCAACGAUAUCCUGUACUUCGCUGACGUCUGCGCGGGUCCUGGGGGCUUCAGCGAGUACAUCCUGUGGAGGAGAAAGUGGCACGCCAAGGGCUUCGGCUUCACCCUGAGGGACUCGAACGACUUCAAAUUGGACGACUUUUAUGCUGGAUCACCGGAGACCUUUCACCCCUUCUACGGCCCCAAGGACGACGGCAAUGUCUAUGACCCUGAGAAUCAGCUGGCCUUCCAGCGGCUCAUCAUGGAGCACACGAAGGGCGUCGGGGUCCACUUCAUGAUGGCUGAUGGUGGCUUCUCGGUCGAGGGGAAGGAGAACAUUCAGGAGAUUCUGUCGAAGCAGCUGUACCUCUGCCAGUGCCUGGUGGCACUCAUGAUCGUCCGGGAGGGCGGCCACUUCGUCACCAAGCUGUUUGAUCUGUUCACGCCGUUCAGUGUGGGACUGGUGUACUUGUUGUACAGGUGCUUCGAGAAGGUCUCCGUCUUCAAGCCCAAUACUUCGAGACCUGCCAACUCUGAGAGGUACUUAAUCUGCGAAAAGAAGAAGGCCGGAGUUGAGGACGUGAUCAGCUACCUGUCAGAGGCGAAUGAAAUUCUCCUGAGGGACGACCCGAAAGACGAUGUGACGGAGCUGGUGCCUCUGGAGCUGCUCCAGGACGCUGACAGAUUCCACAAGUACAUCUGCAGCUCCAAUAAUACUCUUGGGAGGAAGCAAGUGGUGGGUCUCCUGAAGAUCGCUGCGUACUGCGAGGACCCGCAUCUUUUCGAGACGAAGCAGGCCCAGAUGAGGAAGGAGUGCCUGGAGCACUGGAACCUUCCAGAUCAGAGCAGAAUAGUCCCGAAGCUCUCGAAGCCAGAGGACAAACUCCGGCUGAUCGUGAGGGCUUCUGUGCUGAAGCACCUGAGGGAUCCACCGACUGUUCUCACAGCUGAUAACGUGAAGAGCAGCAUUCUGAGCCAGCCUUGUGACUGGUAUGCUGUGCUGUGUGGGGCUGGGGGCGCUGGGACGAGGGAGGACAAGGGGAUGACUUUCUACUUGGGAAUGGGGAGGACCAAUGUCUACAGGCUGGUCAAAGACACCUGGGAGUGGGCCUCCAAUAUUGAACUGCCUCCUGACACUUUUGUUUAUGCUGAGGUCGUCGAGGAGAUGAGGGGACAGUCCAAAAACAUCAGGAGGACUGAAGCACUGCACAUCAUUGAUGCUUACUUGUUGGGGGGAGAGGACGUCAGUCAGAAAUCACUUCCAGAAAGGUACGCCCUCAUCAACAAAUUCUGUCAAGCCCUCUGGAAGCCUGAGAACUCCAGCUACCACGCAGUUCGUGCCAAAGAAUUAUACCCCCUGGAUCGAGAUUUACCCCUGAAACUCCAGGUGCAACCCUGUGUAUUAAAAAAUAACAGGAAAACGUUUGCACAUUAUCCAGACGAAUCCCCCUACCCGGGAAGGACGAGGAGCGACAGUCAGCCACUCUUCUUCGUACCAAAUACUGUGAUGUUCCUGAAGACGACGAGUGCACCUUGGUGGAGGGUAAUCAGCAAAAGCACUGGUUAUCACUAUUAUUUCAACCCUAAAACGAAUGAGGGACUCUACGACAAUCAAAGACCAGUCUCGGCGUGUGCCAGCUUCCUAGAGACUUUUGCCACUCGACUGCAGUGGCACUGGCUGGAGGAUCAAUCUCUUUCGAUUGAAUACUUGUACGAUAACGUGAAGCAGAGAUGCCCAGUUUUUCCACCGAAGAACUGAUGAUAAUGUUUCAUCUAAAUCUAGGAAAAAUCAAUUCAAUGACGUUUGCUGUUAAUAUUGACACUGAGAGACGUCUGGUUGAACUAAAAUUUCUAGAUCAGCAAAAUCAGACAAAAACAAGAAUAUUCCUUGUUGAACUUUCGUUACGUGUGAACAAAUUAGUGGGAAAACCUAGUUCUUUCUUCAAGAAAUUCUGUGGAAUUUGUAUUGAAGUUCUGUUGUAAUUAGAUACUGGAAGGCAGUAUACAAUACUAAUUAAUUGGUCAAAUGACAAUUUGACAAUUAAUUAACAGAAUAGACUAGAUAUUGAUAGAAUUUUCUAAUGAAGAAUUCCUCAGGGAAAACUUCAAGUUUUCCUAUUAAUUUUCUUUGUAUGUAUCUGACAAAAUCGCAAGCAUUACCAGUUUUCCUGCAGCUGGUAUCGACUGACUCCUCGCUUGUUAUUCUCCCCCAGAUGUAUAUAUUAUACCAUCGUUUUGUGGGACAGAAAAGAAUAUAUUUGUAAUAUAAAUCCAAGCACUUAUAUUUACAUAAUAAAGAUCGUUUUAUCAAUUCA